UCAGUGAUUCUGGUAGAGGCAAAGAAGAACAGGACAGGACUGCCUGGAAAAGUCAUCUUUCCUUAGGAGUUUGGGAGUCCCCAUCAUUGUCUGUGGAAGCUCCUGUGUCAUUGGGAACACAGCAAGGCAUCUUUCCCAGGACAUUUUGGGGCAGAAAACCUUCAUUCACCCACAGUCACAUCCCCAUCUCUAACUGUCAGCUGCCCUGAGGCUCAAAAGCCAGGGAUGGAUGGGAAGAAUGCUGGUUCUCCACAAAAACAAGUUAUCUUCAAAAAAAGCACCCGUGACAAAGCUCUGACAAUCUACCUGGGAAAGCGGGACUUCAUUGACAACAUUGGGAACGUGGAACCUGUGGAUGGUGUUGUACUGGUGGAUCCUGCUAUGAUCAAGGGGAAAAAAGUGUACGUGACCCUCACCUGUGCGUUCCGGUACGGCCAGGAGGACAUCGAUGUGAUGGGCCUCACCUUCCGACGGGACCUCUUCUUCUCCAGGCUCCAGGUGUUCCCUCCUGCUGACAAGCCAGAGCCUCUCACUCACUUGCAGGAAUCUCUGCUAAAGAAGCUGGGGAAAAAUGCUUAUCCCUUUUUCUUUACAUUUCCAGAUUACCUGCCUUGCUCAGUCUGUCUGCAGCCUGCACCUCGUGAUGCUGAUAAGACCUGUGGGGUGGACUUUGAGGUAAAAGCUUUCUCAACAGAGAAUGUGGAAGAGAGAAUUCAUAAAAGGAACUCUGCUCGCUUGCUGAUCCGUAAGGUGCAGUACGCUCCGGAGGAGCCGGGACCCCAGCCCUGUGCAGAGACCACCUGGCAGUUCUUCAUGUCCAGCAAGCCCCUCCAGCUGAAAGCUUGCCUCAGCAAAGAGGUGUACUACCAUGGCGAGCCCAUUCCAGUCACUGUCACCAUCAACAACAGCACGGAGAAAACAGUGAAGAAGAUCAAAGUCCAGGUGGAGCAGGUUGCCAAUGUGGUGCUGUACUCCAGUGACUACUAUACCAAAGUGGUGGCUGCUGAGGAAGCACAGGAAAAGGUGCAGCCCAACAGCAGCCUGACCAAGACACUGACACUCUUGCCCUUGCUUGCAAAUAACCGGGAGACGCGGGAAAUAGCUCUGGAUGGAAAACUAAAGGAUGAGGACACCAACUUGGCUUCUAGUACUAUCAUUAAGGAUGGAAUAGACAAGACAGUGAUGGGGAUCCUGGUUUCCUACAAGGUCAAAGUGAAGCUCACUGUUCCAGGCAUGCUGGGAGACCUGACCUCCAGUGAAGUGGGCACAGAGCUGCCGUUCCGUCUCAUGCACCCCAAACCUGAGGAAAGGAGCCCAGCAGGGAAGGAUGGUGAAGCAGAGCUGGUAUUUGAGGAGUUUGCUCGUCAACAGCUAAAAAAUACACCUGAUGAAGAGGACAAGAAUUCUCCCUCAACUGAUGAGUGACUAAAAGAACAAGCUGCCAGAGGAGCUGUGUAGUCAGACUUCAAUUAGAAAUUUAGGACCUAAGUUUCUAGUAAACUGCAUGUUCUCAGUGCACACGUGGUCAUGCAGGGAUCAGCCCUGAGAUCAGUGGACACAACAUUGUGGAUCUCUACUGCUUAUUACAAGUUUCACCUCUGGGAGAAUGUGGCAAACACAGCCCCUGGUGCUUACUCGAGCUACCAGAGGACAGGAAGGCUGCCAUGUCAUGACUUCUGCUUUCAGGGCUGCCUAAUAAAAAGGUUGCUUGCUUUCAGCACUGGUGAGAGUUAAAUGAGGGUUUGUGCAGCCUGCCUGGACUUUCUCGGUGUCAGAAUCGGUGACUUUGAAGUGCCAGUGACCCAAAUCCCAGCCUGGAAGGCUGGCUUGCAGCCCUGCGUGAUUCAUUGAACUUUCUCAGCAGACUAUACAAAACUGAUUUUAUUUCCUUUUGGUUGCUUUUGUGUUUAUGCUUUACCACAUUCAUCCAGUGCAUGAUUUCAGUGCUUGGACUGUCCCCGUGUGGAUAACAUCCCCUUUCUGUACCAUUAAAUGUCCUGCAAGUCGUCUCCCUCAGCAGAUACACAGUAUUUGCUUUCUAGUAUUAUGCUGUACAACCACCUUGUUAAAGAUGAGAUAAUGUGCACUGUCCAGGAAUUCCUUAACAAAGCUCCCUGUAUGCAACCCCAAAGAGAGAACUGCCAGUCCAGGCUGAUCCUGUAUUUAAUAGAGUUUCCUGCAGGCAACACUGCUUCAAAAGAGGGUGCAGGAAAAUUAAGGAGGAAAUUAUGAGGCAGCCUUCCCUGAGGAGCCUUUUCCAAAAUGCAUCUGCCAGAGGUUGGUUUAUGCUCUAAGAAAUGAGACUGUAUUCUGCAAACUGUUCUCUCUUGUUGAUCUGGAUAUUCACAUUAUUCAUGUAAAUGCCUGAUCCUUUCCUGAAUCUCACUUAGGUUUUAGUUGAAGUGAGUUGCAUCAGCUAAUUACAUUUUGCAUGUAAAACAACUGGUGUUUUCUUUUUCUCAUUUUUGCUUUAAAUCUGCUUUUCAGCGUCCCUGGUUUAAAUUCUCCUGAAAAGUCUGAAUGCAGGGCCUAAAUUUAUUCAUAUAAACUUAUCUUUCCCAC